GCAGAAUCCGCCGGGCCUGCUGACUAUGCCCCGGAGCCCCACUUCUAGUGAGGAUGAGAUGGCCCAGAGCUUUUCCGACUACUCCGACGACUGUGCCUCUGACAGCUCCCGCGAAGAGACCAUUUACGAGACCAUAAAGGCCACCGCCGAGCCACCUCAGAACCACAUGGACGACAUUCACAUAAACACGCUGGUCAUCCGUGUCCUCAUCCCCGACCUGCAGCAGACGCCGUCUCCCGUCCUAGCACACCGCUCUUGCAUCCAGAUGGAGACCCAUCUUUUCAGCGCUUAUCUUGCUAAAGAUUCAAAGAUUGGACACAAUGGCGGACUUGAGAAAUGCAUGCGGUUCAACCCGGAUGCGACGGUCUGGGUUGCCAAGCAGCGGAUCCUGUGUACCCUUAAUCAGAGCCUGAAAGACGUGCUCAACUAUGGGCUUUUCCAGCCAGCUAGCAACGGGAGGGACGGCAAGUUCCUGGAUGAAGAGCGCGUCCUUCGAGAGUACCCCCAGCCAAUCAGCAAGGGUGUCCCGUCUUUGGAGUUCCGUUACAAGAGCAGAGUCUACAGGCAGCCCAAUGUGGACGAGAAACAGAUUGCCAAGCUUCAUACAAAG